AUGAAUCGCUCACCUGCCAACUAUAAGCGACUGAUUGUUCUCUGCGAUGGCACAUGGCAGAGCAUCUUGAACGUCAACACGCCCAGCCAACCCAGCAAUGUUGCGCGGUUUGCUCGGGCCAUCAGCCCUGUGGCCAUCGUCGACGGCAAAGAAGUCGAGCAGAUCAUUUACUAUCAACCGGGCGUCGGGACGGGGCUGGGUGAUCAAAUCCGCGGCGGCGUAUACGGCGCCGGCCUGUCGGCCAACAUCCGCGCGGCGUACGCGUUCCUGGCACACAACUACGACUCGAACGGGCCGGACCCGAACGUCAAGGGCGACGAGAUCUUCUUCUUUGGGUUCUCGCGCGGGGCGUACACGGCGCGGUCGAUCGCCGGGCUGGUGACCAAGCUGGGCCUGCUCACGAAACGCGGCAUGGACUGGUUCCCGCAGGUGUACGACGAGUACUACGAGGACGCGGGCAAGAAGCCGGAUUUCCACUUCUCGGCCGCGCUCAAGGCGCGCAUCGGCACCGACAUGACGGAAAAGGCCAAGUACGCGAUCAAGGUGGUCGGCGUGUGGGACACGGUCGAGUUCCACGGCGAGGGCUGGGGCGGCGAGCAGAUCGAGUUCCACAACGCCGAGCUGUCGACAAAGGUCGCGUACGCGUACCACGCGCUGUCGCUGGACGAGCGGCGCGUGGCUUACCGGCCCACGCUGUGGCAGUGGCCGCGCGACCCGGCCGACCGGUCCAAGCCGUACCAGCCGAACUCCCGCGCCGCCGCCGCUGGGGCGGGCCUGCAGGUCAUGAAGCAGGCCUGGUUCUCCGGCGUGCACAGCGACGUCGGCGGCGGGCGGUACGACCCGGGAGGUUCGGACAUCACGCUCGCUUGGAUGCUCGCGCAGUGCGCCAAGGACAAGAAGCUGGCCUUUAUCGACGAGACGGACUCGCCGCAGGACUGCUACCUCUUGCGCGAGCAGGACAAGGGUGUGCCGAACCCCAACACGGCGUGGACGCGGCUGAGGAAGCCGUUCGACCCGGAGCCCAAGGAGGGGGGUGGUCUAUUCGACACGUUGAAGACCGGCGUGCAGGAGAUCCUCAUGGACGACCGUCGCGCGUGGCCCGUCGAGAAUACCAACGAGAAGAUCCACAGGUCGAUUCGCGAUCGGGACUUGACCAAGUGGCCGUGCGGUAUGCUCGACGGGAGCAGCGAGACGGUCCCCGGGAAGAGCGACAAGAAGCAGUGGCAUCUGAAGCGUGGUACGAAAUGGGGAGGCAAGUCCUAUAAUCAUUUGCCCGAGUUGGAAGACGAUCCCGAGGCCGAUGCCAUCGAGGAUAAGUACCGGGGGAGGAUCCGCGCGGUGCCGGGCUCCAAGGGAGGGCCGUCGUCGAAGCUGUAG